AUGCAAGCACUGCCGAAAUACGCCAUCAACGAACUUCCAGCCUGGAGCAAAGCAUUUCUUAUCGUUUUCUGGAUAGUCCAACUUAUCGUCUGCAUCGUCGGCUGGGGUAUUGGAGCCUGCGCACUAGGCACAGAGUCACUUCUCCAAGACCAUGCCACUUCAUAUAGCAGCAAAGUACAAUCUGCUCUUCGGUAUGAACCUACCUACUCCACUCCAACAAUGAUGGCUGACGAAUAUCGCAGUGUCGGCGCUGCCAUCUGGAUAGCAUGGGCCAGUGGGAGCUUCGUCCUCAUCGUCACCGAAAUUGUCAUGUUUUCGCGCCAAACCUUGAAACCUUGGUUUGAGUUCACCUCUUGUUGUAUCAAGACCACGCUAUGGUUGAUCAUGUUCUUGAUCGCUAUCCGCGACAUGGUGGUGGACGGUUCAAGCGGUCUGUCACUGCUUAUCCUUGGACUUUUCCUCACCGUGUUCCUGAUUCCCUUGAUAUACUCGGCCGUUGUGUUACAUCGUCAACGCAGAGCUCAAGGGAUAGAUAACGAUGUCAUGAAUAAGGAGUAA